AUGCAAGGGUAUAAUGAACAAAAAUUGUCUCGCAAAAUGUUGAGAAGGUACCGUUUCUUGCCAAAUUUUUUCAGCCCGAAAUCUCACAGAGCCUUCAAAUACGAUAGUUUUGAAGAGGAAGUCGAAGAUGAGGUUAUUGUUUUUAUGAAUGACCCGGCAAAAAACAAGGAAUUCAAAUAUCCUACGAAUUUUAUAUCCACUUCAAAGUAUACAUAUUGGUCGUUUUUGCCUGUCGGACUCUUUUACCAAUUUACUAAUAUUAGUAACUUUUAUUUUCUCAUUCACGUGAUAUUUUCACUAAUACCAGGUGUAUCCCCAAUUACCCCGAUAACUUCCAUUUUGCCAUUAAUGUUUGUGCUUUCAGUGGCACUUUGUAGGGAGGGUGUAGAGGACGUCUUUCGACAUCAGGCGGACAAACGAGUUAAUUCCUUGGUUGUUGAUGUCAUACGAGGAGGAAUGAUCGUCUCAAUACCUAGCUUCAGCGUGGUUCCGGGUGAUAUCGUUAGGAUCAGCAAUGGCGACGAGAUCGCAGCUGAUAUGAUUCUCCUUUCUUCCUCCAUGGAUGAAGGUCAAGCCUUUAUUGACACAUGUAACUUAGACGGUGAAACCAACCUAAAAAGUCGCAAAGCUCUAGAGGCUACUUGGAAUCUAACGAGUGUGGAGGAGUUCACAAAGAACUCCGCUGUUCUUUACACAACUCCGCCGGAUUCCGGUCUUUUGUCAUGGAUGGGAGUGAUUAACUUAAACGGGACUGAGAACUCUAUGUCAUUAGAACAAUUUCUCUACAGAGGUUGUAUACUGAAAAACACAGAGUGGGCAUGGGGUAUGGUGGUCUACACUGGUGUGAACACCAAACUGUUUAAAAAUCUGAAGAAAAAGCCUUUUAAGUCAUCAAGUCUCAAACGUAAGAUGGACCUGAUUAUUCUAAUAAUUUUUAUUAUGCAGAAUAUUAUCCUAUUCACGUUCUGCAUUAUGGCAUAUCGUUGGUACUCUAAACGAACCCAUGUCUGGUACUUAUCUUUCUACCUUCCUCAUGGCACUAUGCUCAAGUACAUUUGCUUUCGCUAUUUGACCUACAUUAUUUUGCUGAGUUAUCUUAUCCCUAUCUCACUUUUUGUGACAAUUGACUUGUGCAAGGUCGUUCAGGCCUACUGGAUGCGAGUGGACUAUGCCAUGAUGGAAUGCAUUGAUGGAAAAAUCAGAGGUUGCAGAGUUAACACUUCCAACCUUAACGAGCAGUUAGCUUUGGUUAAGUUUAUCUUCACCGACAAGACUGGAACCCUUACGGAAAAUGUCAUGCAAUUUAAGUGCGGUGACGCUCUUGGCGUUAGUAUUGGCAGUGAUAACUUAAAUAGAAUAUUUGCUGAGCUAGAUCCUUUUAGUUCGGAAUAUUCGGCAGUUUAUGAGUACUUUCUGUCAUUGGCGUUGUGUAACACUAUCCACAUUUUCAAGACUGAGGACAAACCUCUUGAAGUCAGAUAUGGGGGUCCAUCCACAGAUGAAAAAGCAUUGGUAGAGGCUGCUGCUGAGGCAGGCUUUCGAAUGGUUCAUCGUACCAUCCGGUGUAUCACGUUGGAAAUUGGGGCAAGGAAAAGGGAGUUUAACAUUCUCGCUACGCUAGAGUUCACACCCGAGCGUAAGAUGAUGAGCAUCAUUGUUGAAGAUGCAUUGACCGGUAAAAUAACUUUAUUUAAUAAAGGCGCUGAUAGUUUUGUUAAACCUCAACUUAGUCAUAUGGCGCAUGUUCAGGAUAAUUUUGAGAAGGCGGAGAUCGCACUAAACAAUGCAGCCUCGAUGGGUCUUCGAACGCUUUUGGUGAGUGCUAGGGAUUUGAGCCUUAAGGAAUUCGAGAGGUGGCACAAACGGUACGAGGAGGCGAGCAAAUUGUUACAAAACCGUAGCGAGGCAGUUGACAGUGUUUGUUUGGAGAUCGAGCGGGAUAUGCGAUUGAUUGGCAUGACGGCCAUCGAAGAUCGUUUGCAGGAUGAGGUACCGGAGACACUAUCCUUUUUCCUCAAGGCAGGGGUGUUGAUUUGGAUGCUGACCGGAGAUAGACGUGAGACAGCUGUCGCGGUUCAGGCAACCACCACUUUGUUGGACCCUCGAAACGACUUUAUCGACCACAUUGACAUUGGCUCCCUUGACCCCUCACAACCUGAAGCAAGGAACAAAGUGCGUGCUGAUUUGAAGGUUAUAGAAAUGCAUCAGAAAAUGAAGGGUAAAUUUCCAGGGAAGCGCUGUACCUUCGUGGUGGACGGCGUAGCCUUGACAAUAGCUAUGAAACACCACUAUCAGUUAUUUUUGCAUGUUUCUCAGAUAGCUGACUCCGCUAUAUGUUGCCGGCUUACACCUUUACAGAAGGCAAGUGUUGUGCGCAUGUUCCAGAAAGAGACCGGGAUGACGGCUCUAGCCAUUGGCGAUGGUGUUAACGACGUGGCCAUGCUCCAGGAAGGACGUGUGGGGGUUGGCAUUAUUGGGUUGGAGGGGGUACAGGCCGCUUUAGAGUCUGAUUAUGCGAUUCCUCGUUUCAAGCACCUGCGUCGGCUCUGUGCAGUUCACGGGCGGUAUGCGCUCGUGCGCAACUCUAGUUGCAUCUUUACAAGUUACUAUAAAAAUUUCACUUUAGCCAUCCUUCAAGUCAUAUUCGCCUUCUAUACUGGGUUCUCAGGGAUGUCGCUAUUCGACGGAUGGCUUUUGAUCCUUUAUAAUAUAGCACUUACUGCCUUACCACCAUUUCUUUUGGGAAUUCUUGAAAAGGAUCUGCCCGAGAAAAUUUUGCUAAAUGAACCGAUUCUUUUCUCUUCAUUGGUGCGUGGCCAGUAUUUCAACAUUAGGAUACUGUUAUCAUGGAUAGUAGAAGCACUUGUUCUGGCAUUUCUUAUUUUUUACACAGCUUAUCCCAUUCUGCACUCAUCUAUUGGGGGUCGCACAAUUUUUAUAACUGGAUCUGUCGGUAGUGCUAUGAUUUAUAUGGGAUUAAUUUUCUGCGUGUUAAUGCGCUUCACCCUUAGCAUUCGCUAUUGGAACUCCAUUCAAGCUUUUGGUAUAUUGUUUUCAUUUGGAUUCACUAUAGUGAUCAUUAUCAUUUAUUCAGGGAUUCCAAUUCUGUUUGAUUCUCCGACAGUGUACUGGUGUAUAUACAACUUAGCAAGUAGUGCAGUUUUUUGGGGCUAUCUUUUGCUAUGGAUCAGUAUUUUGACAGGUGUAUUGCUGAGUAUUUUCCACUACAAGAAGCGUUUUUUUCGAAACACAUAUGGAUCCUGUUGCUUUUGA